AUGGAUUCGAAAGUCUUCUCCCAUGUCCCGCUUUCCACCGAUGGCCACUAUAUUAGGCUUGUCAAGAUCAAAAAUUUCGAAGACCAUGGAGCAAAGGAACUUAUGUUGGAUCUAGCCGUCCAACAAUUCACAGACGAUAUUGCAUACAACGCGGUGUCAUACGAGUGGGGUAAUGCUGAGGCGGCAGCUCAAAUCCAAAUUAACAACGAAGACGUUUCAAUUCGCCAAAAUCUCUACGACUUUCUCCAAAUACUCUCUCAGUCUGCUUAUAAAGAUGAGUGGCUGUUUGUAGAUGCCAUAUGCAUCGAUCAAGGCAAUAUCCUCGAGCGAAAUGCCCAGGUUCAGCGUAUGGGAGAUAUCUACCGACAGGCCCGGGUAGUGCUCGUCUGGCUGGGGCCAGCCACGCCAGAGAGCGAUGUCAUCUUCGACAUGUGCGAGACACAUGCUGUAUCUGCCGAAGAUGAUGCUUUAGCAGCAAUCAGCUGGGAAGAGGAGGUCGGCGACGCGCUAGACACAAUCUAUCAACGAAGCUACUGGACUCGACUUUGGAUCAUUCAAGAGCUGUUACUCGCGAGGUCAAUAGUCUUCUUCUGUGGUCCAAAACUUACUACUUGGUCGGUGUUCAGGCGUCUCCCGAGAUCGGUCAAGGGUAUAUUCUACGAAGGGGGCUUGACAGGCGGGGAUAUCAAACUCGGGAGCACGCCUCGAGGACGCCACGCCCGGUCUUUACUGAGUGCACUAGAACGGCGGAGUUCCAAAGAAGAUCAAACAGAGCAACAGCUUUACAAGCUAGUUGUUGAUUUUGGAAAGGCACAAUGUCUUGACAACCGAGACCGUGUGUUUGGUUUGCUAGGCCUCGCAGGUCAAAACUCCACCGAGAGACAGUCACUCGAUGUGCUUGCCGACUAUUCGGCAGAGCCUUGUGAACUCUUUGUGCGUCUACUAAGCAAUAUGCCUCGAGAGCUCAAUAUCUAUGCCGCUCGAGAUAUUUUUGACAUAUUGCAGCUUCAUACAAAUCUAUCGGCAUUCACUGAAGAUGGUCAAAUCGUGAAGAAAAUCUUGACAUCUAUCUCAGAACUGACCUUCGAAGUCGACUUUAUCCAUCUGGGACAUCUCAAGCAUGUGUCAGCCUCAACAUGCGAUUGGUGUGAGAUGUGGAAAGAGCGCAAAGAAGCAAGAGAAAAAGACGCUGAAGCUUUUUUAUAUCAGGGCUACGCGCUUCACGAGAUUCAAGCCGGUAAAUCUCAGACUUCGUGGGCAGCACACAAUGUUGGUCCUUAUCAUGCGGUGUGGCCCAAUGACUGCUGUGUCGUGAACAAAGAUACUAGCGUUUGUGAAGGUGACGACGUGUUUGUGCUUAUGGGUACAAAUCUGGUUAUUAUUCAGCAUAUCGAGAGCAAAGAUGAUUUGUCGGGUGAAGCGGAGGUCAGAUUUGAAUUGGGCUACAUGGCGCAUACUAGAGAGUUUGACAGCAUGAUUGCAGCUUCACAGAACCUCGCAAGAUACCUAUCUAGGCUACCGAAGAGGGUUGUGGACCUCGGUUGGCUUACUAACGAAUCGGGCACGAAGCUGGAAAAAAAGAUAACGCAGCAAUACACAUUGACAGAUGUCGUGUUAAUUGUCGCGCAUGCAGCUACUCACAGCAGCCACUGGAGUCAAGAUCUUUAG